AGACACAACUAUUGGUCAAUUGACAGUGAAGAAAACAACACACAUAUUUACAAAACUCAACUUAUCACUAAACCUAGUCAACUCCGUUAUCUUACAUCGUAUCCAUCCAGCAGAGUGCAGACGGUGGCAUUUAAUUGAACCAUCCACUCAUCGAAAGUUACCAGCUAGUCCGCCAAUGCCAAUAUGCUGGUGCUAGUGUUAGGCGACCUACACAUUCCCCACCGGUGCAGCAGUGUUCCGGCCAAGUUCAAGAAGCUGCUGGUUCCGGGGCGUAUACAUCACAUUCUCUGCACGGGCAAUCUGUGCAGCAAGGAAUCGUACGACUAUCUGAAAACGCUCGCCAACGAUGUGCACAUCGUGCGGGGUGAUUUCGACGAGAAUACCAACUACCCGGAACAGAAGGUCGUUACGGUGGGACAGUUUCGAAUCGGACUUUCACAUGGCCAUCAGGUGGUACCGUGGGGUGAUCCGGAAGCGCUAGCGCUCAUCCAGCGACAGCUCGACGUGGACAUACUGAUAUCGGGCCACACGCAUAAGUUCGAGGCGUACGAGCACGAGAACAAGUUCUACAUCAAUCCGGGCUCGGCAACCGGUUCCUACAACCCACUGGACACGUCCGUCAUCCCGUCCUUUGUGCUGAUGGACAUCCAGAGCACGACGGUCGUAACGUACGUGUACCAGCUGGUGGGGGACGACGUGAAGGUGGAACGAAUUGAGUAUAAGAAGAAUUGAACUCGGGCAGCACGAAUUUCCCUCCCGCUGGGGGAAAAAAAGGCCGCCAAUAGGUACCAUAAAAAUCGAAUAACACGACAGAUGUUUUGAAUUUGAAGUAUGCAUAAAUAUAAUUGUAUUCUGUAUUGAACGAAA